AUGGCCCCCCGCUGCUUCAUCAUCCGCCACGGCGAAACAGAAUGGUCCCUAAACGGCCGCCACACAGGCACAACUGACCUCCCGCUAACAGCCAACGGCGAAAAACGCAUUAAGGCAACGGGCAAAGCCCUGGUCGGCAACGACCGACUAAUCGUGCCGAAGAACCUUGUUCACGUCUACGUCUCCCCCCGCACCCGCGCCCAACGAACCCUCGAACUCCUCGAACUUGGCUGCCGCGAACGACUCCCCUGGAACGCGGCCCGGAAAGCCGAAGACGAAGAGCCCAUUCGCACCGAGGCCAAGGUGCAGGUUACGGAGGCGGUGCGCGAGUGGGAUUAUGGUGAUUACGAGGGGUUGACGAGUAAGCAGAUUCGGGAGGAACGGGCGGAGAAGGGAUUGAAGUCUUGGAAUAUUUGGACAGAUGGGUGUCCUGGUGGAGAAUCCCCCGAAGACAUCGUAGCCCGCCUCGACGCGCUAAUCGCCGAAAUCAAAGAGAAAUUCCACAAUCCCGUGCUGCAGGACGGCAACGCAAAGGGCGACGUGCUGGUCGUUGCACACGGGCAUAUCCUCCGCGCAUUCGCGAUGCGGUGGAUAGGGAAGCCGCUGACGGAGACGUCGCUGAUUCUUGACGCUGGUGGUGUUGGAACAUUGAGUUAUGAGCACCAUAACAUCGACGAGCCGGCAAUUAUCCUCGGCGGUGGAUUCGUCGUCGAAUAG